UCAUGAUGCACCUGUGUGGCAAGUUGCUUGGGCUCACCCAAUGUUUGGUGUUAUGCUGGCAUCUUGUUCCUACGAUAGAAAGGUCAUUAUCUGGAAGGAAACAGAUGGCACUUGGGAAAAUAUAUAUGAAUACAACAAGCAUGAUUCUUCUGUUAAUUCCCUUUGUUGGGCACCUUAUGAGUAUGGUCUCAUAUUGGCAUGUGGCAGCUCAGAUGGGUCUGUAUCUGUACUGAGCAGUACUGGUGAUGGUCGAUGGGAAACAAAAAAGAUCCACAAUGCACAUACUAUUGGCUGUAAUGCUGUAAGUUGGGCCCCUGUAAAUGCCCAGUUGGUUUAUGGGAGUAACACAGGUUCCAAUUCCAAUAUAUCAAAUGCCAACUCGACCAAACGAUUUGUGACUGGAGGUUGUGAUAACUUAGUUAAAAUUUGGAAAUAUGUAGAUAAAGAAGAUACUUGGUGUGAAGAAGAAAAACUUGAAGCCCAUUCUAAUUGGGUGAGAGAUGUUGCCUGGGCUCCUUCGGCACAUUUUGGACAAAGUGUUAUUGCCAGUUGCUCACAGGAUAAGAGGGUUAUUAUAUGGACAAAGACUAAAGAAACUUCUUGGACACCCAAAAUUCUUCACACUUUUGAUGAUGUAGUAUGGCAUGUCAGCUGGUCAGUGACUGGAAAUGUACUUGCUGUUUCUGGUGGAGAUAAUAAGGUUACUUUAUGGAAAGCUGUGAAUGACCAUCAGUGGGUUCGUUUGAAUGACGUCAACAGAGGACAGGAAGAGAGAAAGUCGUAAAUUUGGGGACCAACUUCUGCAGUUUUUUUUUUCUCACGAAAAAUAUUGAACUGAUUACUAUUUGUCGAUCCAAAUGAAAUAAGAAUAUUUUUGCAUUUUUGCCUCAAACUUUUUUUUUAUGUAUUUAUUAUUUUUUUCUAGUUCGAACUCUUCUCAAAACCAUUUUGUUUUAUUAUUUAAAAUAUGUAAUCAGAAUUAUAAUAAUAAAGCUACUAUGUAAUUCUUUAACUUUUGCUAUUUAAAUGCAAUUUUAUAUUAUUCAAUAGUUUGUUUCAUUUUGAUGGAAGGAAAAAAAGUCUGUCCCCGGUUAUUCAUUCAAUAAUUGCUGGUGGUUUUGUUGUGUAUUCAGUGUCUUUGAAAAAUGUUGUAUAAUAGGAAUUUCAAAAUAAACUUUUCUUUUUGUUA